GACCGGGCGGCUUUUGAAUAUCCCGGCGAGCCUGGCGGUGGCGAAACGCUCCAUGUAGAGUAGACGUAGAAGGACGAGGCAAAUAAUGUCUAUCCAGUCGCGACAAUCCCGAUAAAUGUAUCUCACUCGAGAAUUUUGCACUAAGAUCUACAGAAAGCGGGUUUGACUUCUUUAGUUUCCCCUCGCUCGGCCUUAAAAUGGAUUCUAGAUGUGUUUUGGACAAGCCGGCGGCGGGGACGCCGGUCGCCGGUGGGGACUUCGGCUGCCGGGCGACCCGCUCGGUGCUCCGCGACGGCCGGCUGGAGAAAAGCGGCUCGCGGCCGGGGGCGUCCACCAACGGGACCGUCCUCUUCAAAUGUGUGCUCGACGGGCAGGAUAACGCCUCUCCCGAAGGGAACGGACGAAUAUUGCACGACGGGGGAAAAACUGGCCUCGGCGAACACAGAGACACUGGUUGCACUGCAAGCCUGAAGAGGACCAGUCCUACGCACUGCCCAGGCACUAAUGGGCAAACGCCAUUCAUGCACUUGGACAUCAGGAAUCAAGAGAGGCUGGCGGAGAUGGCCAUCAGCUUCAGGCCAGCACAAGGACAGAAUGUACCACAGACGGAGAGACAACCUCUCCCUUCCUCUCAUAUCCCUGUCCCCAGAAACAGGAAGCCCUCAGGUCACGCUGAUAAGGAGGUGAUGGCCGCUGCCGUCCUGACAUCGCUGUCCACGUCCCCGCUGGUGUUGUGCCCGUCCUCCACGACAACAGCUGCAGUUCCAGAGCCAGCAAUUAGGGCUUGGAAGGAGGCGUUGUCAGCCAGCUACAGCAGCUCCACCAGCGGCAACUGGAGCUGGGAUGCCAGUGACCAAUCGGUGCCCUCCACGCCAUCCCCACCUCUGUCCAACGACGCCAACAAGAACUUCCUGCUCUCGUCCCAGGGAGACGACGUCAGCGAGGACGUCGCAGAGAGCACGCAUUUCAUGUUUGAGGACCCCAUACCUCGGAAACGAAAGAACUCCAUGAAGGUGAUGUUCAAGUGCUUGUGGAAGAACUGUGAAAAAGUCCUCAGCACUUCCUCAGGAAUUCAGCGACACAUCCGCACCGUCCACCUGGGGCGUAAUAGUGAUUCAGACUACAGUGAUGGAGAGGAGGACUUCUACUACUCGGAGAUCGAGGUCAACAUGGACAGCCUGACGGAGGGCUUGUCCAGCCUCACGCCCACCUCGCCCACCACGGCCGGCCCCCCGCCCAUCUUCCCGCCGCCGCUCGCUGACGUCCCUCACUCGGAGCACAUCAACAUGAAUGGGGCGCUGAGCCACGCCCCGACACUGCUCAGCCAAUCUGCACCCUCCACGCUCUGCCACAUCCGCACUGACCAUGCCUACCAGGGGCCCGGUGUGACUCAGGUGCGCACAGUGAGCAUCGGGGAAAAGCGGCAGCCGGCAUCCAACACAAAUGGCACCGUUAACAAAAACCACGCUUUAAUAAUGCCUGCGCCUAAAUCAGCGCCAGGAAACAGGAAACCCCGUGGGGAGGCCAAGAAGUGCCGAAAGGUGUACGGCAUGGAGAAGAAGGAGAUGUGGUGCACGGCCUGUCGCUGGAAGAAGGCCUGCCAGAGAUUCACCGACUAAGACCCCCUUUCUCUUUUUUACUCCCCCCUUCGCCGGCAAGACGCUGGAGCAGGCUUCUUGUUCUCAGUGCUGCCUCCUGCAGAGCAGCGGGAGGUUUGACUUUGCUCUUUACUCUUUCCAAACAGAAAAAAAAGAGAGAAAAAUGUACUUUCUGCUGCUUUUUUUCUUAAGACUGAAACUUUUUCACUCGCUCACUGUCGACAAAUAAUGGGGUGGGGGACAGAAACGUCACAUGAAUUCGGAACCUGGAGAUUAUAUUUUUGAUUUUUCACUUUUUUUCCACUCAAUAUGUAAAACUAAAAAUAUUUUGGUAUAGUCAGUUGGUGAUGAUAGCAGGAUCGCUAGCAUAAGCUAUUGUUGACUGGUUCAAAAGACCUCCGUAGCACAUUACUGUCACUGUUAAAAUGACAGCAAAGCCACCGUUAAGUUGCAGCCACGUCCUUUCAUGGUUGUUUCCUGCAGCCUUACUGGGCACUGAUGCGACGCGACCCGAUGCGCAUCUUCCGCCUGCCUAUUCAGUCUUUCAUUACCGCCAGCUAGACAUUUGUCUUCACAUUUUGCAGCGAUGCACAAAACCGUCAUGCAACGUGGUACAAAAAAAAGUCCCCCCCCCCCCCCCCCCCUUUUGACUUUCCAAAAAUGCGCUUGAGAGAUGUACACAGUAUAUGAUAUAUAUACCGUACUCCCCUCCUCCUCUUUAACCUAGGGAUAUGCACCUUGAAGAAAUGAGUCGACUUUUACGAGUAUCACUGUAAGCCUGAGAGAGUGGAUAUGUUUCCUAUUGAGAGUUUAUUUUCAGCAUGGACGUGCUGAAGCAACUAGCAGUUGCACUGUGCAAUCGGCAGGAUUACAACUCGUUGAAUAUUUUGUCUUUCUUGCUUUCAUGUUGUCAUUGUUGUAAAAGUGAGUUGAGGCAGAAAAGCUCUGUUGUUCAUUUGUUUUUGUUUUUUUCAUUUGACAGCUGAUGUUCUGAGAUUCUCAGAAAAUAUUUUUUCGUCACCAUAAAUUAUACAUAUAUGUCCUUUGGAAUGCCCCCAUGCCCUCCACAACCCCAUCUGACUGACGUACAGUGGAUAUAAAAAGUCUACACACCCCUGUUCAAAUGCCAGGUUUUUGUGAUAUUAUAAAAUGAGACCAAAAGCAGUCAUUUCAAGUUUUUUUCCUCACCAGUAUUCAGAAGUAUAACCUGUACAACUCAAUUGAAAAUAAAAGUUAAAAUAAACAACAGCAAUAUUGAAGGAGCUACAGGAAUUUCUGGCAAGUACUGGCUGUUUAGUGUGACAACACUCUCCUUGUUCAUAUGUCUGGGCAAUGGACUUAGAAAGGAAAAAAAAACACUCUUGAAGUCUACCAAAUGCAUGUGGGAAGAUGUUUUCUGGUUAGAUGAAACCAUGUUGAACCUUUUGGCUAUAAUCCCAAAAGGUAUGUUUGGGGCAAACAUAACACCAAAUCCAAAUAACUGUCAACUACAAAACCUUCAGGCUUCUGCUCGAAAGCAAAAAAAAAAAAGAAAAGCCUCCCAGAACAUCUUAACUUCAUUUCGGAUCAAUCAUAUGCACUUUGAAUGGUGGUGGGUGUGUGCCGAUGCUCCCAUUUAACAGUAUUUUGAAGGUGAUUGGUUAAUUGCGAACACAGCAACAUCCCUAGUUACAAGAGGGCAACCAAUUUAUCUCAGUUUUUGUUUUAUUUUUCUACCCCCCCCCCCCCUUGAAAAGAUUAAUCUUGGUCUCAUUUUUAUACAUCACAAAAACCUGGCAUUAUGCGUACACUUUUAUUUCCAUUGAAUGGAGUAAGCCCACGAUCAUUUCCUGUUGGUAAGGCAGGCCUUUAAUGCAGAGAGACGUAAGCAUUGGCAGACCUGACUUCACUGGAACAUUUCUUGUUUUGAAUCCUUCAAAGGAUCUUUCUGCUCGGUUGUGACAUUUGAGCAGUCCGAACAAAAAGGUUCUGAUGCAAUUCUGCGAAGCUUUUACUUGUUUGAUAAUAUGCCUUAAGUAGUCCUCAGCUUCUUCCACAUUAAACGUAGCUGUUGAUUUUUUUAAUUACUCAGUAAAGACAUAAUUGCAUAAUUGAAUCACUAAUCUAUUUUAAAUUUCUCUUUGAGGUCCAAAAUGCACGAGAGAGCUGAGGAGAGGACAACAGCUAAUGAUAAUCAAGACAUUUCUCUUCGAGCAUCCGGCUGCUUUGUGAUUGGCUAAAUAAAGCUGAAUGUCUCCCACCGGUGACAAAGUAGACUAAAGCAUUGGUAAUAAUUAUUGUAGUUUGUUUUUUUUUUUUGUGUAAAGAUAAUUUUUUUUUUUGCUAUUUCUUGUAUAAUUCCUCCAUCCAAAAGACCCAAGAAGCUCUCUGCGUAUAUCUCCUCUUUAGCAAGUCGUAUAGUCCUUCUUUUACUUGACUAAAUUGUAUUUUGGAUUGUGUUUCUUUUUUAAUUUAGAAACUGGCAUAGUGACAGAGGAUCUGUAUUUCCACGCGUUUCUUUCAACGCAGCUUUGACGGCGUGUCUUCUCUCCGUCGUCAUGGAAACGCUUAACAAACACACAGGACACCGUCCUCUUGCUAUCAGAGCAGGUGCACUGUGACCUUUGUCCUCUGUUGCCAUAGAAACACCUCUCUACCCUUCUCUAAGCCUGUAAAGUGAUGUUUGCCCAACUAUCUGGUUGAACGCAACCGGAAGCGCUUGCGUAAUAUCUCAGAAGUUCCCUCUGUCUACAGUAGACCCCAAGUUUCUCCAUUUUUUUGGAGGGGGGGGGGGGGUAGGGUGUGUGUGUGUGUGUGAAUGCUCCAGUAAAGUGAUAAGCUAACUCUCUUUCUCGUCCUGUGAUUGGCUGACAUCGUAACGGACAGAAACCUCACAAAGUGCCAAUGAUAAGAACAUACGGAAAAAGGAAAGCUAUACUGACCUGAUCAAAUUGCACUACAUUGCACUGCGCAAAGACACCAUCUUUUUUUCUACAUAGAUAUUUUCUACACUCGCAAUUUAAAAAAAAAAACAAAUAAAAAAAAUUAAAAAAAAGCAAUUGUUCCGGUUUCCAAUAUUAGAGUUCGAGGGCCGUCUCCCCAUGACAAAAAUGACACGUCAGGGAUUUGAGAUUUAAAAACCUCCGACCAUCAUCAUCAUCAGCUAAAAUGAUCUGGCCUGGCUUUUUCUUUUGUACUCAACAAAGUGGUGUGGCCGUGUUAGUAGCGUGCCCUACUGGGAAGUCCCGUUCGCGAGUAACGUUCUGCAUCAUUGUCUCAAUUCUUUACAAUCCUCUGACCUUAAUCUCCACCCGCGAUCGCGCUUCCCCGCUCAGUUCCGAGUAUGCGCCGACUGUGCGUCGCGUGUACGCUCACGGCACUUGUCACCAUGUCCGCUUUGGGAUUUUUCUAGAUGGAACAGCGACCUCGGAGGUGACUUCCCAUGUUCCAAAGCAAGCACUUUUGCAUCUCCUGUGUAGACCAGGGGUGUCCAAACUUGCCACUUUGACAUUCAGCUUUAAUUGUUUUUUUUUAAAGAUGAAAAAACUAAAUCAUCAGUCCGAUUCGGCUCUGUCGUGAAUAGCGAAAAUCCGUGACUAAUUGACAUACACCAAAAAGCUUUGUAGUCGCCUAUCGUUGUGGCAAAGCACCCCCCCCCCCCAAUUAGACAAAGCUAUGGUUUGACUAAAUGAAGCUCCUCCUCUCAGUUCAACAUAGGUGCUUGGCACCAAGAUGCAACCUGAUGGCACCAAAGCGCCAUUUUCAUUCCCCAUUCUAUCCUACAAAAAAAAAAAUUAAAUGUUUUUUUGUAAUAUGUUUUAUUCAGAAAAAUAGCACUCAAUAAUAUUGUAAUUUAUAAAAACAUAUAUAAAUAAUCAAAUACAAUGUAAAGAAUUAAACACUUGCCAUAUUUGUUUUUGCUUCAAUUCAAUGGAUAGUGUCCUGCUCCUUUUGGUAUGUCAAAACUGAAAUUCAUCCGACAACUAAACAAUUUCAGAAAUUGGGUAACUAGUAUCUCAAGGUGCCACUGUAUUUUGUAAAACGGGUACUUUACAAGUUUCUGUGAAAGGUGGCAAAUCGUUUUGGAUUUUUUUCAGGAUUUUGGUGUGGCCCGUUGGCCCGUAUCCCCGCUAGAAUAGAUUCGCGCCUGCAUUGAGCAGCAGCCGAAUCCCACCUCCACGUUCAGAAGCAAAAACGAGCGAUCUGGAGUUAGCCGACAAUCUUUCAUGCGGCGUUUUACUUCAUUUUUAUUUCGCUGAUAUGUUAAAAAAUCAGCACUGCAAACACUCAAAAUCUUCCCGAGAAUAUUAUUUCUUGUCAAAAGUUGUAAAGCUAAUCUGAGUACACAAAAAAUAAAGUACAUUGUUUUUGGACACUUUUCACUUGUUUCACGCUAAGUUUUACUUGAAAUCAGUAGAAUUCUUUUUUUUUUUAUUACUCGUACUUAUUUCAAGUAAAAAUUUGCUUAAAAACAAAUGAAAAUAAUCCCAAAACAAGUUACUUAGUUAUAUGAGCGAAUUUUGACAAGAAAUACGAGAAAUAUUCUCAGUAAUAUGUUGAGUUUUUGCAGCGAGAGGACUUUCACAACCGAAUCAUCUUUUUUCGCCGAGUCGUUAUGAAGAGAAACGACGUCACUAUUUGUUGUUGCAAAAAGUUUCUUUACCCUCUUUGCAUAUAUAGAAAAGCUCUUAUGAAACCAAUUAAUUAUUGCUAGUAGUGAUAGUUGUCACACGCGUGGAAAAAUCAUGGUGGUUGUGACAACCACCAUGCUUUUUCCACACCCACACUUUUCACCCUUUUAAAAAAAUUUUUUUUUUUUUAAUAUAUAUAUAUAUAUAGUGUUCUGGACUGUGUCAAAUUAUGUUUCGUACAUGCCGCGGACUGCAAAAAAAUGUGGACACCCCUGAUUUACGCUGUGAUUGCACUUCCCGCUCGCCCCCACGUACCCAGCUGAGCUGUGCAUUGUGUGUGUGUGUGUGUGUGUUGCACGCACCCAUCGCCCUUAUCACCACCACGUCCACUUCGGGACUUUUGAUGCAUCGGCAACACCAGAGGUGACUUUUUUUUUUUU